AUGCAAUCUCUCAGAACGAGGCGACCAUCGACUCAGGUUCAGCCCAGGGAACCUUCUCGAUAUCUCUCAGAGGAUCAACAGUUCCCGUCGCAGUCCCAAGGAGACGUUGCUAUCGGUCAGGCAAGGCCACGGCCUAAUGCGCGGCCUGUGAACCGCGAGAUCCGCAAGUCUCGUGUAGAUGACAGGAUAAAAAGGCGCAUGUCAGCACGAUAUGCGGAUGUGGAUGUCACCCAGGGCGGCGGAGACAUUCCCGACGUUCCUGCUCUCCCUGGCGGACGAUACCCAGGAUCUAGUAGUAGGAACACGAGAGCAUCAGGGAGAGACAUGGUUAGAGAAGAUCCACGCGCGGUCGACGUGGAUAUUCUUCAGCAAGACAACUUUGAUCCAGACGCUUGCAAGUAUCUCAGGCUCAAAUUGAACAACUCCACUGAAGCCGAGCUCAAGACACUGCAAUCAUCUCUCGUCGCCAGUAAGAACGCGACUGCGGCAGACCUGCAGUACAACAUUUUCAAAAACUAUGAAGAGUUCAUUCUCAUUUCCAAGGAGAUUAGCACAUUGGAGAACGAUAUGCUCGAGUUGAAGGAGAGUCUCUCCGAAUGGAAGAGCAUGCCAUCUCUACUUCGCAUGGACGAGUCCAGUAAUCAAACUCAAGACCGGAAACGUGCCCAGCGGUCAUCCGUGGCAGACCUGCGAGCACUCUACGCAUCCCAAAUGCAAGAACUGCAUUCAAAAAUAGAAGGCUCUGCCAAAUUUGUGCCUGCAAUACCAGGCCGACAUGUCAUCUCGCAAUCGCCUGAACUAUAUCACCUGAAUCCUGCCACAUACAAGAUCGAAUACACCGUAGUGCUUGUGCUUCUAGACGACUCUGUCCUUGUCGCCAAGCGUCGAAGAAGAAGAAACGGCGAGAGAGGCAGGCUCGUCGCUGAACGGUGUUGGAAUUUGAGCGAGAUUGUCCUCGUCGAUGUAAAAGACUCGGCCGGUCGUACCAAUAUCAUCAAACUUCGGCACGGACGUGAAGGUCACGUUUUCCGCACGGAACGCUCGAGCGAGAAGAAGAGCCUGUUAUCCUCGUUCAGACAGACCUCUGAGGAACUCGCAACUCGUCGGCGAAAAGAACGUGAAGGGGAACAUGAACGUCGCAUGAGUGUAUGGAAGUCUGGGGAACGGUCAUCCAUGGGCUUUGGUGAUGCUCCCCCUUUGCCUGACUGGGCUGGAGAUGUUCGAAGAUUCGACUUUCUGGGACUGGGAAGCGGUAGCGCAAAGGAGAAAGCCGAGGGUGAUGUCCGGUGGAUCAACGAGUUUUGUGACAGCCUUACGGUUGCCAUUGCCCUUCGAGAGUGGGACGAAGCGGUCAAACUGGUGGAAGACGGCCAAAAACAUUUAUCGACGAAGCCGGCACUGAAAGACAGGUUGCAUCAACUUACGUCCAAUCUCAUUUCCGCAUUGCUUCAUUCGCUCUCCGAUCAUCGUCAGCGCAAGACUGCCGUCACUCAGCUCUCAGGCUACCUCGCACGUCUUCAUUCGACUCCCGCGGCCCGUACAGCCUUUCUUGAUGCAAGAGGAGAGCUUAUCAAGAAACGGAUUCGUGCCAUUCCAUUAGAAGGCGAUAUUCCAUUGUACAUCUUUGACCUGGCGAUUAUCGUCUUCACGGCGAUCAAACACACGGCAGAGUGGUUCCUUGCCAGCUUCAAGGAGAACGAGUCCACAAGUUGCUUUGUUCAGUGGAGUAAAGAGCAAAUCGAAAACUAUUGUACGAUGUUUCGAAAGCAACUGGACAGCACCAGCGACGAGCAAAUUCUACGAGAAUGCCUCGACAUAACACGUGUUCAGAGCAAACGACUUCUGGUCGAGAAUGGCCUGGAUUUCACAUUCCUCCUUGCGGAUUUGAACAGGAGCCUCAAUUCUUCCUACCCAGGAGGCGCAACGAGCGGUUCAAGUACUGGCGGCAUGCGGUCGCCCCUCUCUCGAACAAUGACGUCUGCAAGCAACACGAGCGGAAUCAGUGGAAUUUCUCGGCCCGUCACGCCGCGCUCUCCUUCAGACGGACUUGGUGGCGGCGGUGGAAGUGGAAUUGGCGUUGGAUCCCGACGUAAUCCCCCGCCACGGUCGCAAAAUCGACCGCCUAGUAUCGUUUAA